AUGGGUUAGGUUAUAAGCCAACACUAUCAUUAUGGUGGUGAAUAUGAACGUAUUAGUACUAUUACUAUGAAACACAACAAAAGAUCUGUUUGGAUUUAAAGAGAAUUUAAUGAUGGAGGAUUAAUCUAGUUUAAAUUAAGUAUCGUUAAAUGUUAAUAUGAAUGUGACAAAUGUAUAGAGAAUUAUCAACAGUUUUGUUUUGCAUUAAUAUUCAUUUUUUUAGAAAUUGAUCACAAAUUCUGA